AUGGGGGAUUGUCCAUACCAGGAGUACUUCCCCUCGAACCAGCAAUUGGAGUGGCUGAAGAAGGAUGCUCCCGAUAUGUACGAUACUCUUUGGGAUCUUGCCUGCCAUUACCACACCUCUCUGAUUAAGGUUUCUACUCAAGCGAAGAGGAAAAGGCAGAUCAGCUUGAAGCAGUUUGCUGUCUAUUUGUUCCAGAAUUUGGAUCGUGAGUUAGAUGUUUUGACACCUACCGCCGUUAAUGAGUUGAUGGAGAAGGCUGAGGCUCGCUCUUAUACCAUUGCCAGCGUGAGGAGUCUUUCAGAGUUGCAGUCUGAGCACUUGGUUCAAGUCACUAUGAUGGCUGCUCGUAAGGCUGAGCUUGCUAGGAAACAGGGGAAGAAGCCUGCCAAACCUUCUCUCUCGAGCAGAGACAGGAUGGAGGACGAUGAAGAGCUCCUUCCUACUGAUGAUGAGGACGAGACUUCUGAGGAGGAGUAUGUGGAUAUAGAUACUGACGAAGAAGAACUUAAUGCGGGUUUGUUAUGCUCUUUGGUCUUCUUUCUCAACCUCAAUUGGUAUCAACGAAAGGUCUUAUUCACUUAUCCUAACGAAAUGACUCUUAUCACCCCAGGUAGGACAGUCGAUGAGCAUGAGUCGCUCGCUUCUCGUUAUUCGAGAUCCAGGCCUAGCGGCAAAGCUCCUACACAGGUUGAGACGCGUGGCAAGUCUGUGCACGAACGACCCGUUGGUUCUAUGAGGGCUGGUAUUCCGAAAAAGAAGAAGACCGCUCAUAAACCACACGUUGGUCGGCGCCCCUAUGGAGUGGAUUUAGGAGACAUCGCCGACGGAGAGGAAGGACACUAUGAAGAGGGCGAACUCCCACCGGAUCCUGUAUUCCCUGGUUCUGAUAAUCUGGAUAGCUUCAUGCAGCAGAUGUGUGACGCUAUUCGUGACGAUUCCAUGGAUGUCGAUGCGAACAUUGAUACUGAGCAGGUGAAUAGUAUUGAGCCCACCAUUCCAUGUUCAGGUAACUUGAAGAACCCAAGCAUGGAUAUUGGGGAAAAAGAAUUUUCUGUUCCUUCUGCAGAUGUCGUGAUAGAGAAGCCAGUUGAGGAUGAGGCCUUUCAUGAUGUAGGUUUCGAGGAACAAGGGUGUGCUUCUGCACCAAGUUUCUCGGGACCCGACAUUGGAUUAUUAGUCGACAUGCUGGCUGAACAGGCCACCAGAGGAACCGUGGGACCACCCUUUGAGAGUGAUUCAUUCACAGUACCAGUCAUUGGGACUGAUUCAGUAAUGAUCCCCGGCAUAUCUAGUUUCCCUCGGAGUGACGGACUUGCAGGACCAGCCACCGGGACCGAUACUCUUAUGACUCCUGGCAUUCCCCGUGUACCUGAGGACGAUGGACUUGCAGGACCAGCCGUUGUGCCUGAUGCCACUACAGUUUCUGGGACGGAUAGUUUGCCUACAGGGGUUGAUAUACCCUCCAUGACUACUCCUGCCGGUAUCUCGGAGCCUGUCAGACCUCAGCCCGAGGGGACCUCCGUUGGUGUUGGAUCUCGAUCAUCUCUAUAUGAGCAUCUGGUGGCUACUGUGGCGAGGAAGGAUACAGAUAGAGCCGGGUUACUCAGCUCUUUGGAUUCCGGCCGCGAGGAAAUGGCUAGGUUGAAGGAGGCCUUGAAGCACGCCGAGGAGUCCGUUACUAUUAUUGCAGAAGACCUGGCUGGAUUAGAGCGUUCUCGUGGACAGGACUCGAGAAGCUAG